AUGGUCUCUGCAGGGAGCCGAUCGUCUGCUCCUCACUCACCAUAACAACCACUCUGCCCGUCCCCCCAAAAAAAGAGAGUAAAAUAUCUACUUCAAAACCAGAAAAUCGCCGCCGAUGAUACCGCCGGGAAGUUUACCUGGCCGUUCCUAGUUUCUUCUCCAUCUAAAAAGGUAAUUUUUUUAUGAGCAUUUGUGGCUUUCAGAUUCGUUGAAGUAAGAGCUGCAAGAUGUCUUUCCAUGACAAGGAUUUUUGGAUACCAAAAUGUGGUGGACAUCUAUCUGAUGGAGAAGCAGUUUUUGAUAGCUCAUCAAGACUCGACGUGAAACAUGCUCACCAAUUGUUCUCCAGUACUACUGAGCCAGAGUUAUAUCCUAACAAGAAACAAGCUGUCCACACUUCACUAGGCAAAUCAACUUCAGAAAUUGCAGUGACAAAUUCUACAUGUUGGGAGACUACUUCUGAUCUUCCGUCAGGGGCAAAUCAAUUCAUUGAUAGAUUGUUUCGAAUUGAUACCACCAGGCCGGUCGACUUGACCGAGAGAAGCACAGGGAACUCCACAAUAAGGAAAAAAGUGAUCGACGACCAAAUUGGAGAUGAUCCAUUAGUUGGUUUGUCAAUGUCUUACACUAUUGAAGAACAACAGAUAUGCAUAAGCGACAGUAGAAUCAGAAAUCUUAAUGUUAAUCAGGUGGAGGAUUCAGAAAAUGCUUUUCAUUCACCGAUUGAAAACAACAUUAAUAUGUCUAUCAGUCAGGUACAUAAUAGGGCAAGUGAAACAUCCUUUCUAUCCAUGGGUCAGGCAUAUGGGAAGGAAGAUGAAAGUCAAACCUACAAUCCUGGAGAUAUAAGUAGAUCCAUCAGAUCCAAUGUUGAGAAAAGUCACAGCACUACACCAAUUGCUGACUCAUAUACCAGAGGGGAUUCCGACACAAUAUUUGGAUAUGAAUUGGUGUCUGAUAUUGAUGCUCUGGCAAGGCCAAUUAGCGGUUAUAAUUAUUUACAUUAUCAAUCGUCAGUGGACGCAUCAGAACCACAUUGUGACAAGCAGAUGGAUGGAUCAAAUGCUAACGCAGUUGAUAUCUCCUCUCAGACAUCAAAACCUAGGACUGAUUCCUUGCCAAAAACCAAAUCGGAGUCUAAAUCUGCACAUAAAGGUGCUCCUAAUAGCUUUCCUUCGAAUGUUAGAAGUUUGUUAGCAACAAGAAUUCUUGACGGUGUACCUGUAAAAUACGUCUUGUCCCGGCAGGAGCUUCGUGGUAUUAUAAAAGGUUCUGGAUACCUAUGUGGUUGUCAACCAUGUAGCUAUUCAAAGGCAAGUUAUUCACUUUGCUUUUUCAUUCGUUUUAUAAUUAUAUAUUUUUCCUGUGUGGUAACUUUGCAAUUGUAUACACAUUUGAAGGUGCUUAAUGCCUAUGAGUUUGAGCGUCAUGCUGGUUGCAAGACAAAGCACCCUAACAAUCACAUAUACUUUGAGAAUGGGAAAACCAUCUACCAGAUAACCCAGGAGCUAAGGAGCACGCCACAAAGUUUGUUGUUCGAAGCAAUUCAAACUGUGACUGGUUCCCCCAUCAAUCAAAAAGCUUUCCAGAUUUGGAAAGAAUCAUUUCAAGCUGCAACUCGAGAACUCCAGCGAAUAUAUGGGAAGGAAGAAUUGAACCUGUAAGUUCAAUGUUGGUGGAUCAAUGAUAAUAUUAAGAAUAUUCUCUGCCUUUGUAAAAUAGAAACAAACAACUUAUUUUAGUCAGCCAAUGUGAUGUAAAAUAUGUUCAUAUGCUUCGGCAAUUAUAAUUUGACAGUGCAAACGUUUAUGAACAAAUAUGUU